AAGUUUGAUUUGGAAAUGCGCUACAGCAAAUUACGCAUGCGCACAACGGGCUCCACGGCUCCUAAAUGGCGCAUGCGCACAUCCAAAUCCCCAGAAGAAGCAGUAGUAGCUCAGGUCAGUCGUUCCAGCCAGCAGUCAUCCACGCAGCUAACUAAAUUCCGUUUUCUUAAAUUAGCCACUUUAAGCUUCGCGAUACCGCCCCCAAUUUCAGCGUCGGUACGGAGCCGCCAGGCCGGGACAGAGACGGAGAGAGAGGCCUCGGCCAUGGAAGCGCUCGGACCCGGCCCGCCUGCUCCCACCUCUCUGUUUCAGCCUCCACGGCGUCCCGGCCUCGGCACGGUGGGGAAACCCAUCCGGCUCCUCGCCAACCACUUCCAGGUGCAGAUUCCCAAGAUUGACGUCUAUCACUAUGACAUCGACAUCAAGCCCGAGAAACGGCCUCGAAGGGUGAACAGGGAGGUGGUAGACACCAUGGUGCGGCACUUCAAGAUGCAGAUCUUUGGAGACCGGCAGCCUGGAUAUGACGGGAAGAGGAACAUGUACACAGCACAUCCACUGCCAAUCGGGAGAGACCGGGUGGACCUGGAGGUGACCCUGCCGGGUGAGGGGAAGGAUCAGACCUUCAAGGUGUCGCUGCAGUGGGUGUCUGUGGUCAGUCUCCAGAUGCUGCUGGAAGCCCUGUCGGGCCACCUGAACGAGGUCCCCGAGGACUCGGUUCAGGCCCUGGAUGUCAUCACACGUCACCUGCCCUCCAUGAGGUACACUCCUGUGGGGCGUUCGUUCUUCUCUCCUCCAGAGGGGUACUACCAUCCUCUGGGUGGAGGUCGGGAGGUGUGGUUCGGCUUCCAUCAGUCCGUCCGUCCUGCCAUGUGGAACAUGAUGCUCAACAUAGAUGUGUCGGCCACCGCUUUCUACCGCGCCCAGCCUGUGAUCGAGUUCAUGUGUGAAGUUCUGGACAUUCAGAAUAUCAACGAACAGACCAAACCACUGACGGAUUCCCAGAGGGUCAAAUUCACCAAGGAAAUACGAGGUUUGAAGGUGGAGGUGACACAUUGCGGUCAGAUGAAGAGGAAGUACCGCGUGUGCAACGUCACACGUCGACCCGCCAGCCACCAAACGUUCCCCUUACAGCUGGAGAACGGCCAGGCCAUGGAGUGCACCGUAGCUCAGUAUUUCAAGCAGAAGUACAACCUCCAGCUCAAGUAUCCACAUUUACCCUGCCUGCAAGUCGGACAGGAGCAGAAGCACACCUACCUUCCUCUGGAGGUCUGUAACAUCGUGGCUGGUCAGCGCUGCAUCAAGAAACUGACGGACAACCAGACGUCCACGAUGAUUAAAGCCACGGCUCGCUCCGCCCCCGACCGGCAGGAAGAGAUCAGCAGACUGGUCAAAAGCAACAGCAUGGUCGGGGGCCCGGACCCCUACCUGAAGGAGUUCGGCAUCGUGGUGCACAACGACAUGACCGAGGUGACGGGCCGUGUCCUCCCAGCACCCAUGCUGCAGUAUGGGGGCCGGGUGAGUACAGACACAGGGAGGGACUGUGGAAGGGGCCUCUCUCCACAGAACAAAACGGUGGCCACGCCCAACCAGGGCGUGUGGGACAUGCGAGGGAAGCAGUUCUAUGCCGGCAUCGAGAUCAAGGUGUGGGCCGUGGCCUGCUUCGCGCCACAGAAACAGUGUCGGGAGGAUCUGCUGAAGAGCUUCACGGACCAGCUGAGGAAGAUUUCGAAGGACGCCGGGAUGCCCAUCCAGGGUCAGCCAUGUUUCUGUAAGUAUGCCCAAGGAGCCGACAGCGUGGAGCCCAUGUUCAAACACCUGAAGAUGUCCUACGUUGGCCUGCAGCUGAUUGUGGUCAUCCUGCCGGGAAAAACACCCGUCUACGCUGAGGUGAAGCGGGUGGGAGACACCCUCCUCGGCAUGGCCACCCAGUGUGUCCAGGUGAAGAAUGUGGUGAAGACGUCCCCUCAGACUCUGUCCAACCUCUGCCUCAAGAUCAACGCCAAGCUGGGAGGCAUCAACAACGUCCUGGUGCCUCAUCAGAGGCCUUCGGUGUUCCAGCAGCCCGUCAUCUUCCUCGGUGCCGACGUUACUCAUCCUCCAGCAGGGGACGGCAAGAAGCCGUCUAUCGCAGCGGUGGUGGGCAGCAUGGACGGCCACCCCAGCCGAUACUGCGCUACAGUUCGAGUCCAGACGUCUCGGCAGGACAUGUCCCAGGAGCAGCUCUUCAGUCAGGAGGUGAUCCAGGACCUGACCAACAUGGUGCGGGAGCUCCUCAUCCAGUUCUACAAGUCCACCCGUUUCAAGCCCACACGCAUCAUCUACUAUCGUGGCGGCGUCUCCGAGGGACAGAUGAAGCAGGUGGCCUGGCCCGAGCUGAUUGCAAUCAGGAAGGCCUGCAUCAGUCUGGAGGAGGAUUACCGACCAGGUAUCACCUACAUCGUGGUCCAGAAGCGGCACCACACCCGUCUGUUCUGCUCCGACAAAGCUGAGAGGGUCGGGAAGAGCGGGAACGUUCCGGCCGGCACCACGGUGGACAGCACCAUCACACACCCGUCCGAGUUCGACUUCUACCUGUGCAGCCACGCUGGGAUUCAGGGAACCAGCCGUCCCUCCCACUACCACGUCCUGUGGGACGAUAACUGCUUCACAGCCGACGAGCUGCAGCUCCUCACCUACCAGCUGUGCCACACCUACGUCCGCUGCACGCGCUCAGUCUCCAUCCCGGCUCCAGCGUACUACGCCCGGCUCGUGGCCUUCCGGGCUCGCUACCACCUGGUGGACAAAGACCACGACAGCGCCGAGGGCAGCCACGUGUCGGGUCAGAGUAACGGCCGGGACCCCCAGGCGCUGGCGAAGGCGGUCCAGAUCCACUAUGAUACCCAGCACACCAUGUACUUCGCCUGAAGGAGUGUCAGCCAGUCCACCUGUGGAUCACAUCCGUCUUUCCUCUCGUUUCUCAUCUUUUCCUCAUCUCUCUGUCCCUGUAGUCUCUCUCUCUCUAUACUCUGGCUCCGCACACGGGGUGGUUCAGGUCGGGCCGGGUCUGCUGAUGUCCAGCUGGUUCUCCUUCACGGAACAAUCUCCAACCAGCGUUCCCAAUCAAGCCGCCUUUUCAACCAGCAAUCCAGCACUGCGAGACCCGCGGGGCUCCGACGCACAACCGGAAAAACAGAAGCAAACCGACACGUUGAGCCAUUUCCGUUUGUUCUUGUUUUUCUCUCUGAAUGUCUGCACUCGUGAUGGGGAGAAGCCGAGCGGCGGAGCGCCAGCUAAGCAGGACUCUUAUCUACUUUACCUCAAAGCCCCUCGGGGCCAAAUCUGUCACAAGGUCUGGGGUUUUGGGUGGUGGGAGGGACGGGGGUCGACCUUUUCAGAAUGAUAAUUAUAUAUUUUUCCUUUUUAUGAGCGCGUGUUUGAACUUUUUCUCCUUUUCUGUCUUUUACAAGCGAGGUGACCUGGGUGUCCAUGCCCGUUUUACUUUUCUCCCAUCUUAUAGAAGGUGUUGGUGUGUGUGUGCACGUGAGUGUGUGUGUCUGUGUGUAUAUAUGUGCACUGCUGUAUGAGUGUGUGUUUGAUGGCAGGCCACUGAAUUGUAAAGGGAAACAGGAGAGAACUGCUGUAAAUGUUUUUAUAUUCACACAUACAGAACAUAUAUUUCCAUCGGUAACCUGGAGCCUGUUCUGGCCCUGUUCUGGGCCAGCUGCGGCCACGGUUGGACCGGUGACCGGCUUAGAAUCAGGACCUGUUGACCCACUGGAGGCAUCCUGUCAGCUUCCUUUUUAAAAAGCGGGAUCUGGGUUUUGUGUGGUUUUGUUUUCCCUCGGACCUGAUGGUAUGAUGACACUUCUGGACGUUUCUGGACUUUUUAUCUCUUUAGGCCUCCUUCAUGAAUUCUGGCCUCAUUCAUUGCACUGACCCGGGACGCUAGGCAAGCUAACAGAGGGCACUCUGAUCUCUUUAUGCAUUUAUACAUACAACAAAGCAGAUUUGUAAAAGUUUAAUAUAAAAUGUUUCAUGGUUAUCUUAAAAACUGUCGUUAGAUUUAGUAGUUUGAUGUUGUCGUCGUCGUUGUCGAUGUUACUAUCGUGAUGAAAUUUUACGGUUGGCAGCAGAGCCACUUAUAUAGUUACUAGAGCGACUUCAGGUUAAAGAUGGCGGCGCAUUGGUUGGAUUUUACAUUAUUUUGUAGCAUUCUGAGGAUGAGGAUGACGUGUAGCGGACGGGAAGCUGCUUCCGAUGAGGUGGAUGGAGACAAUCAGGGCCGAGUCGAGGGCUUUGUUGGAUUUUUAAAUAUUUUCUAAAUGGUUUCUAUAACUGUGUAUCUGAGGUAUAUUCAUCAGGACGUGUUUUUCUUCUUUUAACGGCCUUUUUAACACUGGAUUAAGCGAGCACUGCCCGGAUGAUGCUCAGUGGCGCCCCCUGCUGGAUUUGAAGGGACAGGAAAGGGUCGCCGUGCACGCCUCACCAGGGGGGAGCAGCUCGGUGAAAACCUUUUGUAAUAAACCACCCGUAAAAAACAGGUUUACUAUGAAUGAGUUUGAGCAUCGUCCUGUUGAAGGCGUGCACGCUGGCGCUGUUGAGCAGAUCAGGGCCCGAUUGAGGCCGGAUCUGGGGCAGAUCAGGCGCAGAUCAGAGCAGGAUCUAGGCUAAAUUGGGUGGACUGGAUCGUAGCCUGAUCGGGGCCAGACUGGUGUCAGAUCAGAGCUAGAUCUGGGCUGGAUCUGGGCUUGAUGUGGGCCAGGAAGAUCGUAGCCUGAUCGGGGCCGGACUGGUGUUGGAUUGGGGCUUAAUUGGGGCCAUAUCGGGGCCUGACGGAGGCCAGAUCUGGGGCGGAUCAGGGAUGGACUGGAGCCGGAUCGGGGCCGGACUGGUGUCGAACCAGGGCCAGAUGCUCUCCGGCUUCACACAGAGUGGCAGCUGUUAACCUCGACUGAUCUCGGGUCAGAUCCCUCCCUGUCUGUAAAGUGAUGAAGCAAUACGAAGCUCCAGACUCUCCUCAUCGUAGUUGUCGGUCGACUCUUUACGUGACUCGGAUUAAUUUCUAUUUUUGUUACGUUUUUAUCUUUGGGUUCUUUUCUUUGCUCGUAUCAAUCAGUGGGAAUGUGCAUUUGGUGGACUAGUUGUUUAGGCUUUAGAUGACUUUUUCUUUCGAGUAACUCACGUAGACUUUGCUCGCCUGCAUGCCGGAGUAUCCUCCUUUUAAAAAAGAAAAACCCUUUUGAAUCAUAUUUAUUAUGAGAAAUAAAAAAUCUAAGAAGUUUUUGGGGUAAAUGUUUUAUGGGUUUCGUGGGACUGUUUUUAGUCUAGCAAUAUCUGUCCCGUCUGUACGAUGUGUUUCAGGCUCCUGGUGGAUGGUGGGGGGCGUGGCGGUGGGGGGGCGGCUCUUUGCGUCAGGUUCAAAUCCAAACGAGGUACUUUGUUCAAACGUGGACCCGUAAAGAGCCUGCCCCUCCUCCCCCACGCUCUGUGUUUCCAUGGCUACUCUUGACCCCUCACAAACGCACUUCCUCUUUUUGGCGGGGUCUCGGCGGGGGAGGGGGGCAGGAUUACCUCUUUUUAACCUUUUUAGAGACGCUCCGUGAUGAGUUUGUCCUGUUGGAACAGAGAGCAUGAAUUCUUUUGAUUCCUCUCACUUUGAUAUUAAUCUGAUCAGAUUUGUAAUUUUCUGUAUUGUUUAUUUUUUUCCUCUUUGCUUCCUGUCGGGGGGGGGGGGGUCGUUGCAGCUCUUUUUACUUUGUUGGCGCCAGUGUGCAGGUCUGAUGGCCGUCAGGUGUGUGGGGGCGGGUCAUGUUGUGGCCCCGCCCACAGAGGGCCGCUCACUGGCUGUUUAUUAUGUGACAUCAUUAUUAUUUUUGUUUUUUAGCCUGCAGGGAAAUCUUGUGUUAAUGUGCAAAGUAAUAAAUUGGUAUUUUAUGCCCAUAA